UGGCACUGAUGAAUUCCGUAAGACAAUAUCAAUAUAUCUCAUCAAGGCAUAUUUGGGGCUAUGGCUGAGAAACAUGGGUUGAAGAAGGGCAUAGAGACUGUAACUACGUGAUUGAAUUUGGUGAAUGUUGCAAACAUAUGAGUACACACGCUCUUGAUUAUUAAUUUACUAUUAUUAUUGUAUGAUUUUCUAAAAAAAAAUAUUAUUCAUUAUUUUAUUAAUUUGUAUCAUAUAUUGAAUCAGUCUAAUUUGGAAUAAAUAAAAUUGAAUAUAAUGAAUAUUAAUUUAUAGAAAUUCUAUCGUGGUUUGUGCUGUUAUGGAAUUGACAAAAGAGAUAAAAUGGAGCUUUAUGCUUCAGUCACAAGCGGGUCUUUAGCAAUCAUUGCAUCCACAUUGGAGACUCUUGGGAAAAAAAGAUGCCACCACUGGUUUUAUAUCAUCCUUAAUAGUAUUAUACACACAUAUGUGGUUUUCCUUUAUUGAAAAUAAUCUUGAGAUGAUGUUAUCCAAUGAAAAUCUGGCCUUAUCUGAAACUUGAUCAUCUAACUUUGAUCUUCACCUUCGAAAUUAUACAUUAUUCACCCAAUUCAGUUUAAUCCAUUUACGAUUAUGCAAUGUUCUCAUCCAUUGUGAUAUUUUUGCGUUAUAUACUAUAUACAGUAUGUCUUCAAGUUAUAAUAUUUUUUUUUGGGUUUAAAAACAGAAACACUUCUCAGUUUGAAACUUAAUUAACACCGACAUCUACUCGACACGUAAGAACCACAUAUCAAUCUAUUUACAUUCAUCCGUCUAGUCUUUUAUGUAUGAAUCAUGAUGGUCAUCACAUGCAUUUUUUGAACUUUUGGUAUGAUUUAAACAUUUACAAACAUCUCAGUUUUGUUAUAAGUUUUCUUCCCUCUUAGUUUGUUUUAGCUAUCAUAAGAUUCUCUUAACUUUUUUUCAAAUCAACAAGGGUAUGAUAAUGUAUAAAAGAUCUUAUAAAAUAUUUCUACUUUUGUAGGAUGCUUUAUUCAUUAAUAUUUUCAAUAUUAAAAUAUUUAAUAACGUCAUUAUUUAAAUUUAUCUUGUCCUCAGAUGAAAUUUUUGGUUGCAUCUGACUAUGCUACCUAAGAUUCUGACGAUAUUAGACAACAGCCAAAUCAAUCGUCAUCAGAGAUAUGAAUUGCUUAACAGUUAUGGUUCGUGAAAAAGGAUUUGGAAAACACAUUUUGGGAUUUUCUAGGAAGGACCCAUGAAGAGACUAAGUGGUAAAAGAGUGUCGGCUUCCCGAUUCCCCACAAAGCUGUAAGAGGAUCAUAUUGUGUUAUUUCAGUUUCCUCCACACAUUGCUAGAAGCUUUCUCAGCAAAAUUUCGUUAAGUUAUUUGGUUCUUCUGCGUUUUAUUUUUGUUGUUAAACUUUACACUUGUGUUAUUAGAAGGGAUAUACAGUAGAGGUCUUAAGCGGUAUUAAGUUCAAUCAUUAUAAGUCACUUAAUAAAAUGAAGAAAUAACACCUUUGAUGAAUAUAUAAUUAUUGUUAAAUAUUAUUAAGUGAACUAAAUUAAACCUUUUUCAUUUCAUAAAGAUUUGUAUUUCAAACUUACUUAGGUAAAAUAUACACAAUGUCAGAAAAAAACUUGUAUAGUUUUCUUAGAAACGAGUUGAGUCUUAUAGUUCUUAAUUUUGAAAUAUAUAUACUCAAGGUAACUGGAUUUAUGUGUGACAAAUAGGAGCCGAUGUGGGCAAUACGAUGUGCACACAAAAAAGUGUGGGUAAUAUGGUAUACGAUGAAUUAAUGUACAGUAUUUUGGUGCAUGUGGUUUGUUUUUCGUGAGAAUAUUCAUGCACUGACAUAGUCAGGAGCUGUCCUACGUGUAGAGGAGUAGGACACCUACUUAAUGGCUGAUAUUGCCUCAUAAAAGGAUGAAACGAGUUAUCGAUAGAGUAAAGUCGACGAAAACUAUAUAUAUGUGAUCGUAUACAUUUACAUUGCUAUAAUUAAUUACCGUUUAAGACCUCUACUGUAUAUCCCUUCUAAUUACAACGAUUCCUUAUCUCUUAAAAUUACUGUAUAUCCAUAUUGGCUACCUUGACAAACAAACAAAAAUUGCACUUGUUAGCUUGGAGUUUAGAAUUAAUUUUAGAGCAUACCUGUAAAAAAAAUUGCAACCACCACGUCAGCAUCAUGUAACUUAAACUUUCAUACAUGAUUUUAUAGUAGGUUGAGUUCAAUCAUUCAAACCUCUGUUAAAAUAUGAGAAUAUGUCUUCAACUUAAUUGUCAUUUUUUUUUGGAAUAAACUUAUGAAAAUGACAUAUUAAAAAUCACAGUUUAUCUUAAAUUAAAUGAUCCAUCAAUUCCAAAAAAGUAAAAAUAAGAAUUCAAAAACAUUUUUUACAACUUUUGUAUAAAAUAAAUAAAAUGAAAUUAUUGUUUUUCUACUUUUAUUCCAUCAGUCACAUUCAUGUUUAUUUAAUACUUAUUCAGAUUUGGGGGAUAAUCAACUUGGAUAUAGUAUGGAUCAACACCUUAAAUUUAAUUAGACAUGCCAUGCUAUUAGGUACGUAACUGAGCUAGUUUAGUACAUCGAAAAUGAAUACAUGACACUAUAUACAAUAAUUGAAAUUGUUGAAUACAAGAUUAUUAUACAAGGAUUGAAUAGAUGAUAUUAUAUACAAGGACUGAUGAAUCAAAUAGUUAACGUAAAGAAUAUAUUUUUUUUUUUUUUGAACAUAGCUUUCGUAUUUAAAUUGCAAAAAGAAAACAAAAGAUUACAUGCAUAAGCCAGUGUUUUUAGAGACUAAGAAGCCCAAUAAUUAUCAGCCCAGUUAAAAGCAACACACAUUAGAGAUAAAAGAGCCUAAAAGGCCAUUAACCGUAACAAAGAGAAGGUGGAGAGGCGGUGAUCACGAAGACGGUGGAGACGAUCACGAAACCGAUAGAGUUGAUUACGGGAGAGUGGAAAUUAGAUGUUAAGUCAACCAGCGCUGCAUAAGGCUUGAUGACCUUGCAGGAUUAAUGUCUCUGAAGGAAAGGAUCCUGUCUUUAAUUUGCCUAUCAACAAGGCGAAUGAUGGCGUCUGAGGAGCGAUAGAUUUGACGGUGCAAUCUGGCGUUUCUCUCGGUCCAAGUCCAGUAGAAUAUUAGGUUGAUUGCAUUGUAGAUAUAUAAUAAACACUACUGGGGUUUGAUUAUAUCUUGAAAAAUUAUUUGUAGAUCCAUCCUAAAUGUUGGCCUGCUCGGAUAAGUGCCAAGAAAAUUAAUUAAAGAGCAUCAAUUUGGAGCAUUUUUAGUGAUUCAUAGCUAUAAAUGCAACCGUGAAAAAAAAAUCCAGGUUCACCUUUUGGAAUCAGUCCUCUGGAGAACCUGGAAUAUAAAACAUGAUUAAUGGCAAACGGAUCAGAAGUUGAUCGAAAAUGUUUGGCUUUUUAAAGAAGAGAUGCUAAUUGCUACAUAAAAAAUGCGACUUUACAAAUCUCUUAUAAUUCUUUCUCAGCCAUUUAUAACCAAUCUUCUACGUGGGGCUUCAGAUGGCCACAUGCUUAUAACCCCUACUACUUGUGCUCACGAAUCUCUUGUAUAAAUGAGCAUCAAUCAACAGUGGAAGCUCUUAAUUUGAGUGUAGGGCGUUAAUUUAGGGUUUCAUCAAAUAUACAGAAAGAGAUGGGUGAUAGUUCUCCCGCUGCAUACAUUCACAUGGUGCAAUACAUGAUAGAAAAAUGUUUGAUUUUCAACAUGAGCAAAGAGGAAUGCAUGAAAGUUCUUUCUGAGAAUGCAAACAUCAAUCCCGUCAUCACCUCCACUGUGUGGAAGGAGCUGGUGAAAACGAACAAGGAAUUCUUCGAGACUUACGAGCGGAAGCAUACAAAAAAUGAGUCAAUGUCGGAGGAAGAGACAGACGAGAUGAUCCAGAAGAUCAUCUCUGAUUCAUCAUACGACUAAAUGUGAUACUUCUUCAAAACCACCUCUCCAUGAUGAUAUGUAUUUCCAUUUAUAUAUGUUCGUCUUUUUGUUUCUUUCUCUACGUCAGUACAACAAUAAUGACAUCAAAACUGAGAGUGAUGGUGAUCCUUUUACAUGUGUGUAUUUACGUAUAGCAUCUCGACCAUCUGUUUUUUUUUUUGUCAGAGCAGCAUCUCGACCAUCUAAUUCAAUAUAUACAUCGAGCUAUAUCGUUAAACAAAAUUAUGCGUUGCGAGAAGUGACAUAUAGAGCUUUUUGUCAGAUUCUGAAUGUUAAAGUAAAAAAAGAAUAUGAUGAAAGUGACAGAUUUAACCACACAGUACUAUGAAGAAUAUGAAAAACUGGAGACAGGAAUGAAUAGGCAACAGAAAAGAAAUUACACAAUUUAUUUCAGAGAAGAAACUACACAAAAGGUAUGAAGAGCCAUUCCAAGUUUUUUUAUGAAACUUUUAUGAUAAUAACAUGCAUCCAUUACAUACCGAUUCUGGAAUUUUAGUUUAGAAACUAUAAAUAAUUCUUAGCAAAAAAAAACUAUAAACAAUUCUUAGCAAAAAAAAAACUAUAAA